AUGUGGCCUUUAUCCGGGUCACAACUGGAGCUUCGACUGUCUAACCCAGUGGAUCAUGGCGACUCUGUCUCAAAAUAUUUGUUCGAGUAUGCAGUGGGCGAAUCAUUUGGAAAAGUUGCGACCAAGAAAGUUUUCGUCUAUAAUUCUAUCGAGAACGACAUCGCUGGCACCUUCCGCUUACAGUACGGAGACGACGUGACCUCCCUGCUGUCUGUACACACCACAGCUAGCUCUCUUCAAAGCGCUCUUAAUAGUCUUUCUUCUGUCCGUCCUGUCUCAGUCUCUCGUGCGCUGUAUGUGCUCACGGGAAGUCCUAGCGUGACCUUUACGUCGGCAAGUAAUCGUCUUACAACGCCAACGUUGAGUGCAUUUCAGUGCGCGAUGCUUGUGAAGGGAGCAGGUAUUGACGUUGGAGGGAAGCGCUUUAUCGUUAGAGCGCAGCCGGUGGAAGGAAGCUCCAGUAUUGACGUGGAGUUAGGACAUGGCGCUCCAGACUUUACAGAGAAUAAGGAUCUACUCAAAUUGGAUAAUUCUGGAAGUGAACGUGGCCCGUAUGGCUACAUCUGGACGAUCUCGUUCGACAAUGACGCAGGGGACGUGGUGCACGGCAAAUACCCAGGACUGCAGUUUAUUUCUCAGCUCACUUCUAUCGACAUGAGUCUAACGAUACCAGUGAGCUCAUACGGCGUUGAGCUCGGUAAAACUGGUAUUCCAGCCGAUCAUUACGGCUUCUUUGAGAUCAAUAACGACGACAAAGUGUGUGACACGUACGUCGUGGGAGCUCCUUCGUCCGUUCAAGUGGUUCGUCUGUUUGCUCCGACGACAGCUACGGAUGGUUCGUUCAAACUCAAGCUGGGGAGCGAGACGACAGCGGAUUGUAUCACGUUGGGUAAAUCUGGAACAUUGAGUAGUUUGAAAGCGAAUCUGGAAGCUCUAGAUCUGGUUUCGAAAGUGACGGUGGACGAAGUGCGUGCAUUCAAAGUCACAACCACAGCGACAGUCACAGACUAUGAUAAUACCGGGAAACUGACUGUGGCGAGCGCUUUCACUAGUGCCCAAGUGGGUGUGUUACUACAAGACAGCAUCAUCCAAGUGAGUCGGAACCCCAACGAUUUCUCCAGACAUUCAUUUCUGUCACUCCACGAGGAUCCUGCGAUUAUUUUACUGACGAAGCUCGAGUGUUGA